CUCUCCUCUCCCCUCCCCCUCCACUACCACCCCUCCCCAUUCCCCUCCUCUCUCCUCUCCCCUCCCCCUCCACUACCACCCCUCCCCAUUCCCCUCCUCUCUCCUCUCCUCUCCCGCUGCCUUGCACCUCUCUCAGUAUGUGCUGUCAAUAAUUGAUGGUUCUACAGACUCAAAGGGUAACAGGUCUAAAGAGGCAAUCGCUCAUGCGUUUAUUUAUUUAUUUACCAUUCCUAUCUUUACACACGCCAAGUCAGUGAGACCACUAUCUGUGUUUCUUAGAGCAUGGUGAUCGAUACCCAGCGACCCCUCUGUCUCUGUGUCCAUACAUGUACUGCAUGUCAGGGCAGGGUCAUGGGGGUUUGUUAUCCAUCAGUGCGUGUCCCUGCGGCCAAGAUGGGGUUAAUAUUGCUCGUCUGGCUGACAGCAGGAUAUAGGGAAGGAAGUAGAGAGAUUAAAUGAGUGAGAGGCAGGGGGCAGAGAGGAGAGAAAGAGAGAGAGAGAGAGAGAGAGAGAGAGGGAGGGGAGUAAUUUAAUUCAUUCCUAGGCAGUACUGAUUGACUAUAGUUCGCACACUGGCACUCACAAGCACUAACACCCACACCGAACGAUGGAGAGAGACAGCAGAAAUGAGAAGUACUUCUCCAGAAAGAGAAGUUUCACUUUUGGGGCAUAUGGAGGUGUGGACAAGUUCAUAUGUGAAAAUGAGACGAGCAGACCAGAGCCUUUAGAACACAGCAUUCUGGAUAUUUUGGACUCCCCUACCAGCGAGACCAAACCGUUCCUUUCUGCUGGCAGCAACCAGAAGGUGACAGAGCUGUUUGAGAUCAUUGAGAAGUUGCAGAGCAGCAGGCUAGAUGAACAGCGCUGUGAAUUCCCUCUGCCUUUGAGGUCUCAGCUUUUGAAGAUAGGUCGUGACCUUCCUCUGAUCCUGCCUCCAAAGCUGGGUGGUUACUGGAUAGACCCCCCGCUACAGAAGUUUGCUGAGACCAGUCCGACAUCCUCUCAUUAUGGACUAGACCCAGAGACCUAUGACAUCAUGGAGAGAGACAGCGAGGCCACAUACUACCAGCAGUUCUUCCGCUCACGAUAUCAUCACUCGUUCACAGCAGUGGACCCCUCCCUGGGACCCCUCCUUCUCUCUAUCUGUUUGGAGGAAGAAGAGAAGAGGCUGAGAGUAAUCCUGAGGAUGAGGGAAUGCUCUAUGCAUGGGGUUUUCUCUGUGUCUCUGUUCCCAAACAUCCCGUCUGCUGUGGAGCUGGCCAAGAUGCUAUGUGACAGUGUGACUGUGUCCAGAUUUGAUGUGGUCAGUUACCUCAAGGCACCAGAUCUUAUAACAGCAUUUGAUGAACACAGAGUGUCUCCGAAUUUCAAGUUUGGUGUCUUGUAUCAGAGAGAGGGACAGUUGACAGAGGAGGACAUACUCUGUAACAAUGAGGAAAGUGAAGAGUUUCAAGAAUUCCUCUCUAUUUUGGGAGCUACAGUCGCACUUCAAGGGUUCACUGGGUUCCGAGGAGGUUUGGAUGUGUAUCACGGCCAGACAGGAAAUGAUGCGGUCUUCACUUCCUUCCACGGCAGAGAGAUCAUGUUCCAUGUGUCCACCAAAUUGCCCUUCACAGAGGGCGAUGCACAACAGCUACAGAGGAAGAGACACAUAGGCAACGACAUCGUUGCUGUUGUUUACCAGGAGGGCCACACCCCUUUUCUGUCUGAUGUCAUCGGCUCACACUUCCUGCACUGUUUCCUAGUGGUCAGGAGGGUGAGGAAGAGAGUGGGGGACGAGGGGGAGGGGGAGGAGGCAGGAGGAGGAGGGGUGUUCCAGGUGUCAGUCACAGCCAGAGAGGAUGUACCUCCCUUUGGUCCCUCCCUCCCUGAUCCUCCCAUAUUCACAGAGAGCUCCCUGUUGAGAGAGUUCCUUCUGACCAAGCUUAUCAAUGCAGAGAUCUCCUGUUAUAAGGCUGAGAGGUUCAGUAGACUGGAGCUGCGCACUCGUUCAUCCCUCCUGGAGGGUCUGCAGGCGGAACUGUCCACCCGCUCCCAGUGCAUGAUGGGAGAUUCGCCUGUGUCCACCCUCUCGACUUCUGAGGGGAUGAGGGGUGUAACUGAGGGGAGUGGAGGGUUCAUCGAAAACUUUAAGAGAGCCAUUAGGGUACGCAGUAAUUCUUUUGACACUCUUGGGGGGCCUAGAAAGAUGGGUGGGGUGCCACUCCCACAGAAGUCCAAGGCUGCUACAGAGAGGGAUGGAGAGAGAGAGUUGACCUACAAGUCCCCUGAAACCAGCUUUCCGCCCACAGACAACCUGGGCUCCACAGAGGUCAAAGACCACUCCAGUCCCCAGGAGAAUACGUAGGCAGACAGAAUUAUGUGUAUAUUUGAGUAAUAACCGAGUGGAUACUUUGUAUGUACAGUGCAUUGGGAAAGUAUUCAGACCCCUUGACUUUUUCCAUGUUUUGUUACGUUACAGCCUUAUUCUAAGAUGGAUGAAACAGUAUUUCCCCCUCAUCAAUCUACACACAGUACCCCAUAAUGACAAAGUCAAAACAGGUUUUUAGAUAUUUUUGCAAAUUCCGUACUUUGUUGAAGCACCUUUGACAGCCAUUACAGCUUUUAUUUUCAGGUCUCUGCAGAGAUGUUCGAUCGGGUUCAAGUCCGGGCUCAGGCUGGCAACUCAAGGACAUUCAGAGACUUGUCCUGAAGCCACUACUGCUUUGUCUUGGCUGUGUGCUAAGGGUCAUUGUCCUGUUAGAAGGUGAACCUUCACCCCAGUCUGAGGUCCUGAGCACUCUGGAGCAGGUUUUCAUCAAGGAUCUCUCUGUACUUUACUCUGUUCAUCUUUCCCUCGAUCCUGAGUAAGACAUUUAAACGUGUUAACCCUCGCAAGGCUGCAGGCCCAGACGGCAUCCCCAGCCGCGCCCUCAGAGCAUGCGCAGACCAGCUGGCCGGUGUGUUUACGGACAUAUUCAAUCAAUCCCUAUACCAGUCUGCUGUUCCCACAUGCUUCAAGAGGGCCACCAUUGUUCCUGUUCCCAAGAAAGCUAAGGUAACUGAGCUAAACGACUACCGCCCCGUAGCACUCACUUCCGUCAUCAUGAAGUGCUUUGAGAGACUAGUCAAGGACCAUAUCACCUCCACCCUACCUGACACCCUAGACCCACUCCAAUUUGCUUACCGCCCAAAUAGGUCCACAGACGAUGCAAUCUCAACCACACUGCACACUGCCCUAACCCACCUGGACAAGAGGAAUACCUAUGUGAGAAUGCUGUUCAUCGACUACAGCUCGGCAUUCAACACCAUAGUACCCUCCAAGCUCGUCAUCAAGCUCGAGACCCUGGGUCUCGACCCCGCCCUGUGCAACUGGGUACUGGACUUCCUGACGGGCCGCCCCCAGGUGGUGAGGGUAGGCAA